AUGUACAGUGUGGUGGCCAAGGUUGGAGGCGCCUUCUGCGCCGUGACGAAGGUCAUCGGGCAAAUCUUCUCGUCCCUCAUAACCAUCAUCGAGAAGCUGGUGAUGUUCUUGAUCGACGUUGUGGUGAACAGCUUGAAGCUGGUUCGGGCCAUCUUCUUCAGCAUCUUCAGGCUCAUCCACAAGGACCUCGGCGGCAUGCGCGCCUGGACGGAAGAGUGCCCCGCCGUGUCCCCGGCGCUGCCCUCCAGCGAGGAGAUCGCGGCCUCCAGCGUCAUGGAAGCCGACAGCGAGAGCUUCUGCCUCCACGGAACGCUGCAGCGCUGCGCCAGCCUCAGCACAAGCGCCAGGGAGGAGUUCCUGACUGGAUGGUCCGAGUGGGAUGCCAAGUUUCUGGCCGAGCUCGUGCUGGAUGCCAGCAACGACUUCUACAAGGAGCUUGCUGGAGUUUCUGAGCCGGAGAAGAAGCGAAAGAUCAUCGGCAGGCUCUUCGUGGAGGCUUUCGAGAAGGCGGUCUCGGAGAUGGGCUUGCCCCACGAGAAGUGCUUGCUGCUGCAGGGCACAUUGUACCCCGAUGUCAUCGAGUCGACCUCCUACAAAGGCCCUUCUAGCGUCAUCAAGACCCACCACAACGUGGGCGGCUUGCCUGACAGGAUGAAGAUGGAGGUCAUCGAGCCGCUGCGGCUGCUCUUCAAAGACGAGGUGCGGAAAUUGGGCAAUGAGCUCGGGCUGCCCGUGACCUCUGUCAUGAGGCAUCCCUUCCCGGGCCCGGGCCUGGGAAUUCGCAUCAUUGGCGAGGUUACCAAGGAGAGCGCGGUCACGCUGUCUGCGGCUGAUGACAUUUACAUCGAGGAGCUUAGAAAAGCCGGGCACUAUGACAAGAUCGGCCAGGCCUUCGCUGUGUUGCUGCCCACCGUUCGCUCUGUGGGCGUUAUGGGCGAUCACAGGACCUACGAGAACGUUUGUGUGCUGAGAGCGGUGACAACGACGGACUUUAUGACUGCCGAUUGGUACGACAUGCCCCAUGACUUGUUGGCACGCAUCUCCAACCGAAUCAUCAACGAGGUGAAGGGCAUCAACCGAGUGUGCUACGAUGUCUCCUCCAAGCCUCCCGCCACCAUCGAGUGGGAAUGAGCUCUUCAUCACGUUUCACUGAUCGAUUUCAAGGAGCAGGUCAUUGCUAUGGUUUCAAUUGUGGAUCUGACCUGAAGGCCGCGUUUCAUGCCGUUCCAAGGCGCGGAGAGAUCUCUCCUCAACAUCACGGCCCCAGACUUCCCCCACCCAGCCCCAGCUUUUGGCGCCAAAACUCCAUGCCUUGGGGUUCACUGUGGUGCUUAGGUCCCCCUUUUGUGCUGCCUGGCUAUGGACUGAAAGCAGUUGGU